AUGCGCCAAAAACAUUCAAUGAAAUUCUUAUUACAUGGACUGCCAACUUGAAAGCUAUUCAAAGAGCAAGAAAUAUUCCAAUGUCAAUCGCCAGCUUUGCAAGAGACCUAAUUGAGUUCAAUGGUACUGGGGAGUUUGAAAAAACACGGCUCGCUUGCGAACAGAAUUUCCAGGCUCACUCACUUGUAACCCUUUCAUGUGGAUCUGUGACAAAAAGUGAAAUGGCACAAGGUUACAUGAAACAAGCAAAUGAAAAUUUGACCGGUGCAGCAGGAGAAAAGAUAAAAAAAGGUGAAGAGGUUGAGGAGGAAGACAAAUUAAAUGUUCAAAUUUCACGAAACUUUGAUGCAAUACCGAAGGAUGUUAUUCAAGUGUACAGCGAUGAAGAAUUUACAGAAGAAAAUCAAACACACAAAAAUAAUCGUAAAAGGAAAUUAGAAGAUGACGAAUUACCAGGUUAUGAUGGAAUAAUAUUUCUAUUUAAUGAUUCGAAUGAAGGUAAAAUUAUAGAAAAAAUUGAUGAAAAUGCCCUUGAAGAGGAAAGAAAGUUGCCGUUAGCGAGUGAUAACAAAGGAAGAUCUUAA